CAGGUUCCGGCGGGGGGAUUGGCUUAGCUGCCCAGCGGUGGGCGGGAAGAAGUAGCGGUACACGUGGUUGUGGUGCAAUGCAAUUGGCCGCCAGUAGGGGGAGAAGGACGUUUGCGAGGGAGCGUAGACAAGGCAGCAGAGCAGCAAGUUCAAGUGAGAGGACAAAGGCAAACAAGUUACAGUCGGUGUAUGUGUUACCUGGCAGCAAGUAUCACAGGAGCGCAUGGGAUUAUAACAACCACUGGGAUUCUCCUGGAGAGAGUUUAUAAGCUGGGAAGAGGAAAGCUGAGACAUUCCAUGCAGGGACAAGAUGUUUCAGACUGUAAGCGACUGGUUUUGGUGGGACAGGAUUUGGCUGCCGUGUAACUACACUUGGAACGACUUGGAAAAUGAAGAAGGAACUGGGUCAGUGUCACCGUCCCAGCUGUACAUCACACUCCCUCUGGCUCUGCUUUUUAUGCUCCUCAGAUUUGCCUUUGAGAGAACCAUUGCUACACCUGUGGCCAAAGCCAUGGGGAUAAAGAGCAAAGAUCGUCAAAAAGCUCCAGUUAAUCCAGUGUUUGAAAGUUUCUACAUCUCAUGCUCUAAGCACCCAUCUCAUGAAGAAAUUUAUGGCUUGGCUAAGAAAAGCAACCGUACAUCUAUACAAGUAGAGCGCUGGUUCAGAAGGAGGCGUAACCAGGACCGUCCUGCUGUUCUAAAGAAAUUCCAGGAAUCUUGUUGGCGAUUCAUCUUUUACCUGUGCGCCCUGGUUGGAGGAGUGGCAGUGCUCUAUGAUAAACCCUGGUUCCAUGAUGUGUGGGAGGUAUGGGUUGGAUACCCAAAGCAGGAAGUGCUGACAUCCCAGUACUGGUAUUAUGUGAUCGAGCUGAGUUUCUAUUGGGCACUCCUGUUCAGUGUGGCCUCUGAUGUAAGAAGAAAAGAUUUCAAGGUUCAAGUUGUCCAUCACCUGGCUACCAUCUUUCUGCUGAACUUCUCCUGGAGUGUCAAGUAUAUCCGUGUGGGGACUCUCACUUUGCUGGUGCAUGACGUCUCUGAUAUUCUGCUUGAGGCAGCCAAAAUGUGCAGUUACGCUGAGUGGAAGAAGUCGUGUAAUGCCCUGUUUAUUAUAUUUGCUGUGGUGUUUAUCAUCAGUAGGCUGAUCAUUUUCCCUUUUUGGAUCAUCUAUGCGACUACAGUUUACCCUCUGUACUACUGUCCAAGAUUCUUCCUCUACUACUUCUUCAAUAUGCUCAUGUUUGUGCUCCAGUUCCUCCACAUAUACUGGACCUACCUUAUAUUCCGGAUGGUGAAAAAGGUGAUUUUGGGAAAUAUGUCAGGGGAUGAUCGCAGUGACAAAGAGGAAGAAGACAGCGAUGAAAACGCGGACCAACCACUGACCAAUGGGGAUGGCAAAAGGCCCAUUGUCAACGGCCAAGGUGACCGCUAGCCCACAAAACUUUUCUUACAAAGAACCACUCAGUCCCCAGAAUUAUGGAAGAGCUCAGUUACGUGCACUUGGCUUCUGGGCAGACAUCAGUUUGGGGAGGGAGAGGAUGAACUCUUAUUGGAGAAGCUCUAAGGUCCUAAAGGUGUGCGGCCCUUUAUUUAGGGGCUGAAUGUGGAUCAUAACCACCUUUUGUCCAUUUUUAACAUUAACUACAAAACCAGGGUUGAUCUGUAACUGAGACGAGACAGAGCAAGACUAAACUCUCAUCACAGUAACCAUUAGGAUCCAACAACCGCAGGCUCAUCUGCAAUUUAUCUGUUUCUUUUUGAACUGGCUGCUUCUGCUUCAGGAACUGGGUUAAAGAACAAGAUACAAGAAGACUGAAGUUCACUUCUUGGAUGGAGACCAGUGCUGGGAAGGACAGUUAUUCAUUGCACUAAAACCCGCUGGAGAACAUGGCAAGAUAUCAGAUUUGCUCUGCUAGCCUCUUAUAGCCAAUGAAUAGUCUGCGUACACAGGGCCCAAAUAAAAAAAAAGAUGCACACGUCCCCUGGCUAAAUGUAUAAUACGUAUGGGAACACGUACACUGUGCAGAAUCCACACAAAGUAUCUCCUUUGCACCCAAAGAGCUCACACCUAGUCAACUGGAUUCUGGAGACCAUGACUCCCAAGUAGUUCAGGCAUCGGACAGCUUAUGUCACAGCAUUUCCAUUAACUCUGCUCUUCCCCAGCUCGCUAAAUAACAAGGGCAAUUGCUGGACCAGUGUUAAUGCAAAAUAAAUGCAAUCUUUGGGACAGAGCCUGAACUAACGCACUUUCUUUAGUAGGUUUGUUAUGGGGAUGAAAAGCUGACUUCAGUAUAGCUCCUCCAAGUAUCAUGCAGUAACUAUAUAUAAUACUGUACCUGCCACUUUCAAAGUGCAUUGUCCACAUCCAUCCGUGGUACUUAGUGGCCUGUCCUGGGCCCAAGGCUACCAUCAGAAAUACAGGACUGCUUUCUCCAGUGUCUGGCCUUGCUGCCAUGUUGUUUACUAUGUAAAAAACAUUCUCACACCAGGACCAUUAAUUGAAGAGUGGAGCUUUUUAUUUCUUCGUUUCCUCAAGCUAUGACCUUUUGAAGGAUACAUUUCCAUAUAUCUCAGUUUAUUAACCCUUUAGCUACCACAGGUAUAUGCACUGAGCUAGCUACGGGCUAGGUAACCUUAACUGUUACAGCCGCUGGGGAACAGCAACUCCCAGCAUCCCUCUGGAAGAAGGGUUACGUAUCCCUUACUACAAGCUCAGCUGAGAUUUUUUUCUUUCCCGUUCUCUUUUACCAGACUUUAUUUUAUUUGCCCCUGAAAACAGAUUGCGUGUAGGCUACAUGUUACACAGAGAGUGCUACCUGUUCAGUAAUGGGCAGGAAUCACACACAUUACUUUGUUUUCAUUGAAUAAACGUCUUGUCUGACUUUA